GCUUAGUUUCCAUUAAAACCGACAGCUGUCUACGUUAUAAUCUUGUGCUCGUCAACACCGGAAACUUUCUCUGUCGCCCUUGUUCUCUCCCCCAUUUUUGCUGGAUUGCGCAGGGACUGACCGGCGUACUCUCCUCAGAACUGGAAACAGAGAAGCGGGGCAUCUUAGCGCAACGUCAUAUAGUGGAUUUAUUUUCCUUAAUAACAUCCGUAUCUCGAUCUUCAAUGGCGAAUCUUUGAUCGAUUUCCGAUCUGAUAUAAGUGUGUAUAUACGCGUUUUUUAGGGUUUUUUCUUCGACUUCAUUUUGAUUCUUCGAUGGCUGCUCCACCAGCAAGGGCACGAGCAGAUUAUGAUUACCUUAUUAAGCUCCUUCUGAUCGGUGAUAGCGGUGUGGGUAAAAGUUGCCUUCUUUUGCGUUUUUCUGAUGGUUCUUUCACCACUAGUUUCAUCACUACAAUUGGUAUUGAUUUCAAGAUAAGAACCGUUGAACUCGAUGGCAAACGGAUCAAACUCCAAAUUUGGGACACAGCUGGUCAAGAACGAUUCCGAACCAUCACAACAGCUUACUACAGGGGUGCUAUGGGAAUUUUAUUGGUGUAUGAUGUUACUGACGAAUCAUCUUUCAACAACAUAAGAAACUGGAUUCGCAACAUUGAACAACAUGCUUCAGACAAUGUUAACAAGAUUCUUGUUGGGAAUAAAGCUGAUAUGGAUGAAAGCAAAAGGGCUGUUCCGACUGCAAAGGGUCAAGCUCUUGCGGAUGAAUAUGGCAUUAAGUUUUUUGAAACUAGUGCAAAAACGAACCUAAAUGUGGAGCAAGUUUUCUUUUCAAUAGCGAAGGAUAUCAAGCAAAGGCUUUCAGAUACUGAUUCCAAGGCGGAGCCAUCAACUAUUAAAAUUAAUCAACCAGAUGCAACAGCUGGGAAUGGUCAACUUGGACAGAAAUCAGCUUGCUGUGGCUCUUAAAAAAUAUGAUGGUGGAGUGCUUUGCUUGCUAUUCUUCAAUUGGAAGAUUGUGUUGUGGUAGUGUGUGAAAGGUAGUAGCGUCUUUUUAUUUUGAAAAAUCAUUUUUCUUUCCUUAUAUAAUUUGAUUUUGUUUUGACAUGGCGAUGUGGUAGACGAUGUUUGUGUUUUUUUUUUCCCUGGCCUAAUGUGUUAUAGCACUAACAAUGAUGUCAUGAAACGAUUGUAACUAUACUUAUUGUGUGGGGGCCUUCCUGUUUCCAUAUUUUUUUUGAACAA